GUGAGACCCUCGUGCUCAGACUUCUUCACGGUCAGAAGAUCAAGCAAAGGUGCGGAAGGACUUUCCCAUUUCACUUGUCCAUACACUGAGAUGUCUAAUGGCCUCCAGCUCAGGGCUGCCCAUGUGAGAAGAGAAUCUGAGAAGAGAAGGGCAGACACUUAAAGAGAGAGAAGAGUUUCCCACAGAGCAUGGCCUCUUUCAAAGAAGAUGGUGUGGAUGAAAGAACGGUGGACAUUAAAGAAGAGGAGUGCGAGCGGCUCACACCAGAGGAUGUGUGUGUGAAGCUGGAGGAUCACGAAGAAAGAAUUUCAGUUUUUAAAGAGGAAGAGGAGUGCAAGGGGGUGACUGCUGCCAUUAAAGCUGAGGAUCUGAAUGAUUUCUCCAUUGGUCGUGAACUUCAAAAACAUGAAACUGAGGAUAUUUUCAAGCAAGAGGCCUGUGAAGAAUCUCCAUCUAGUUUACAGCCCUGGUCCACUAAUACGGGACGACUGGCUACACAGGAGAAUUCUGCAGAGCUGAAGUCAGAGUUAUCAGAGUCUGAAGAGAAAAUCACAGAGGGAAAUGGGAGAGAAGGAAAAGAGUCACCUGGGAGUGUUGGAAUAAGUUUACAGAAGAAUGUCCGCUUCUCUCCACCUUCAUUUUGUCAGCCCUCUCCUCAAUACAAAAAUAAAGGUGCAAGAAAAAACCUCAUUGUUGUCCUAAAUGUGGUUAAUGCUUUUCAGACAGCAGUGGCCUUCAUAGUCAUGAAUGACUGGCCUACUUGUGGUAAGCCUCUUAGCUGUUCUGAAUGUUGA